AUGCAUCUUUAUAUAAUAUCAUUCAAUGAAUAUUAUCGUAAAUUAAUGAAUUUUAACAGAACAUCAUACAAUAAAUCUCAUUGUAAUUUAAUACAUUUUUAUGUAAUAUCAUUCAAUGAAUAUUAUGGUAAACCAAUGCAUUUUAACCAUGAAAAUAAUUCAAAUUCAUAUGAUUUUUAUGGUUCAACACUGGUGGAAAUUUCUCAAUUUCAACAUCCAUCUCGUACACUUUUACAACAAAAUGGUUUUACUCAACAAAUUUAUCUUAAAUAUGAACAAGAAUGUCUUGAUGAUAUGUGUGUUGAAUGUCUAUUUCGAUUUUAUACAUAUGAUAUAGAAAAACAUUUUCGUCAACAUGUAUUUGAAGAUUUUCAACAAGUAACUCUUUGUGAUCAUGAAACUGAUCAAUUAUAUGGUUUAGAAAAAUUCUGGGCAUUUUUAAAAUAUUCUCGACAGAAACCAAAAAUCAAUCCAAAACUUGAAGAAAUUUUAAAAAACUAUAAAAAUCUUGAAGAUUUUCGUGUUGAUGGUGCAUCAUUUCCACAACAAUUUUUUCCAACAAAAUCAAAUUAUACAUUCGAAGCAAUUGCUGCUGCAGUAGCAAAGAACAGUGAUACAUCAAAUUCAUUAAAACCCAAUGAAGAAUUUGGUGUUUUAGGAAGAAUUGGUAUUGGUUUAGCUAUUGUUGGUGGUGUGAUUAAUUUUGAUGGUGGUCAUCGAAAUAUUAUUUUUGAUCGUUUUCAAGGUAUUAAACUAGAUGUUAUUGAAGAAGGAACUCAUUUUAUGAUUUCAUGGCUUCAUAGACCAAUUAUAUUUGAUAUUCGUACACGACCACGAUCUGUUCCAUCAAUAACAGAAAUAAAAAAUUUACAAACAAUUAAUAUAACAUUACGUAUUCUUUAUCGACCAAGAGCUGAACUUUUACCAAAAAUUUUUUGCAAAUUUGGUGAAUUAUUAAUAGAACGUGCUGCUCAAUUUGGUUUAUUACUUGAUGAUAUUUCAAUUACACAUUUAAUUUUUAGAUCUGAAUUUACAAGUCCUGUUGAAUUAAAACAAGUUGGGCAACAAGAUGUUGAAAAACAACGAUUUUUAGUCGAAAAAGUAAGUCGUCAAGCAAAUGUUAUUGCAGAAGAAGGUGAUGCUCGUGCAGCUGAUUUGAUUGGCAAAGCUUUAGAUGAAGCUGGUAAUGGUUUGAUCAAACUUCGACGAAUUGAAGCCACUGAAGGUAUUGCAAAUCAAUUAUCAAAAUCAAGAAAUAGCGUCUAUUUACCACAUGGUCCUCAAAUGUUACUUAACAUUACUGGUGCAUGA